AUGGCUUCCACAACAGUGCAACCCAAUUAUGGUUAUUGCGAGACCUUCUUCGUCGAGGGCUAUGAAGACACCGACGGCAUCUUCGCUAGAGCGGCUGCUGAGCGCGAGAGAGCACGUGCAAUCGCCAAGGUCCAACAAAAGCACAUGGCUGCAGACCUCUCUCGUCUGACGAGUAAGCUGUACCUGAAUGAUGUGCUUGACCACAUGGAGGUCAUGGAGGCCGAGACGAUGCCGGACAUCAACUCCAUCGAGAUUCAGACCGAGAUCCAAUGGUUCAUGCGUCCCUACCUCCUCGACUUCCUCCUCGAAGCUCACCACGCCUUCCAACUGCUCCCCGAGACUCUCUUCCUUGCCGUGAACCUCCUCGACAGAUACUGCUCGAAGCGUGUCGUCUACAAGCGUCACUACCAACUGGUGGGUUGUGCCUCCUUACUCAUUGCCGCCAAGUACGGCGACCGUAAAGAGCGUGUGCCGACCAUCAAGGAACUGAAGUCCAUGUGCUGCUCGCUCUACGACGACGACAUGUUCACACAGAUGGAAUGGCACGUUCUGCAAACCUUGAACUGGAUCAUCGGUCACCCGACCGUGACUGGCUUCCUUGAGAUUGCCCUCUCCGAGACCGCAGCCGAUGCGGAGGUGCAGAACAUGGCUACAUACAUCUCCGAGAUGGCUCUUUACCACAAGGACUUUAUCCCCGUGCUGCCUUCGGUCAUGGCCAGGUCAUCGCUCGCUCUUGCCCGUUACAUUCUCGGCCGUCCCCAGGUUCACCACCCCGAGUGGGCUGCCAGAUAUGACUCUAACGUCGUCAUGGACCUGUCCAACCAGCUCUCGCGUCCUUCGCAGGCUCUGUUCCGCAAGUACUCGUCCGCCCACCUCUCAAAUGUUGCCACCACCUUGGAGCAGUUCCUGCAACGCCAAAACCUCAUGCAACAACAGCAACAGGCUGCCUCGCAACAACCAUACCCUUCGCCGGCCCAAUCGACGCUCGACGUGCAGCAAGUACCAGGAGCCAUCAUGACGCCUCAAACCCCCCAGAAGCCUGUUUACGCUGCAGUCCCCAUUGGUGUCCUCACGCCUCCCGAGACUCCGGAGAAGGAUUUCUACGACAACUCGAGCUACAAUGUGAACCAAAACCUGAUGCACCGUCUUCAUGCAUGCUCAAACGUGACUUCCGCCCCGGGUCACUCUUCAUACCAGUACAGCUCAUAUCCGACAUCGUACCCGUCACAAUGA